GUUUGAAAUCCAAGAUAAACCCUAAACCCUAAUCUGAGAGCUUCGAGGAGAUGGCGAAACCAGAGGGAUCAAUGGAGAAGAUCAAGGAGUUCAUCAACUCUCAGAUCAACGAUGAAAAGAAUUGGGCCAUCAAUAUGAAAUUGCUGAGGGCCCUUGCAUUUUUUGGAGGAUCAAUACUUGUUAUGCGCAACUUUGGCGAUCUUAUGGCCAUUUGAAUAGCAAUAUGAGAUUUUCAACUUUCCAUCAGAUCCAACAGUACUUUAUGGAAUAACUUUAAAUUUCCACGCUUAUGUUAUCUAUCGUUUUUUACCUGGAUAUUGUUUUGUCAUGUAAUUGUUACUUUUUCUUUUUUUCUGGUUGGCAUUUCAGUUUAGCUUUUGUUCAAAGAAUCAGAAAGUAAUCUUUCCAUUGGUGUUAUUUUCAUUUGUUUUGCUCUUUUGAGCUCAGAAUUUGUGGGAUGAGUAUCAAAUUGCAUUAGACCAUGUGAAGUUCUUGUCCUGAUGCAUGAGGUUAUAAAAGAAAACAAUGGUGUGUUACCAGUUUGGUGCA